AUUUUUUGAAAUAGAGAUUACAAAUUGUGGUGCUUAUGCAGUAAAAUGCGGUUCUUUGUUUCUUGGGAAUAUGUGCAUGUAGAGUAUGACUGCGUAUGUAAAUGUGUUUUUGCAUGCCUCUCAUAGUUUAUCUAUUCUACCUUAGUAUUUUGCAUAUUGUAUGGUCAAAACUCUGCAGAUUCAUAAAUCUUGUCUACUAAAUGUUAUCAUUUUUCUGCCCUCUCCCUUUUUUGCAAAUGCUCGUUGGAGCAUAAAAGAUUCAGUGGACUGUGCUUCCUUGAUCUGGAAACACGGAUCUCAUUGUACAAUCAUGCCUACAGAUUUAAGUGGCAAUUGGGAGCUGGAGUCAAAUGAAUUUAUUGAGAAUUAUCUCAAAGCUCUGGAUAUUGACUUUCCUGUCCGUAAGGUUGCUUCACAUCUUAGUCCAAACAAGAUCAUUAUACAGGAUGGGGACAACUUUGUGAUAAAGACACACAGCACCUUUAAGACCUAUGAGUUCAGCUUUACUGUUGGAGUUGAAACGGAUGAAUUUACGAAGGGACUUGACAACCGGAUGCUUAAGACUGUGGUUACCUGGGAAGGGGAAAAACUGGUGGCCAGACAGAAAGGUGAGAAGGCAAAUCGUGGAUGGAAACACUGGAUAUUAGGAGACAAGCUUUAUCUGGAGUUAACAUGUGAAGAUGCGCUGUGCUAUCAAGUGUACAGAAGAAAAAGCUAACUGUUAUGUGUUUCAUUGUCACUUUUAUUUUUAUGUGAGCAGACAAGCUAUGUGAUAAUUUUCUUGGAAAAUUCACUGACAAUGCGCGACUUACACUUCUAUAUGUUUGUAUGUCAUGCUGUCUCAAUAAAGCCACAACAAUAUGGGUCUCACUUUUUUGUUUGUGUAGCUGAAACUGCAAAUGUGAUAGCUUCUCUAAUUCUCCCAACAAAGAUGCUCAUAAAACAAUAGAUGCAACAUGACCUUUAUGGUUUACAUAACAUAAGUCUCAGUAUAAAAAAAACACCUUUGACAUAAUUAAAGUUUGAAACUAAAGUUAUAUUUGGGGCCCAUGCAAAGAGCAUUUACACACAUGAUAUGGCUUCUGUUGUGCAUUUGUUGUUUUUACAGGAGCAAAUUGUAAUGCACAAUGCAUCUCAUAAACCUCAGUCAACCAUUACAUGUGAAUAGACAGAUGUGUCAGCUUGUAAUUGUUGGGAUUUUCAGUCUGCCAGCAGUGCACUCACAAUAGGGGUGUUGACUUUACUAAAAUAAGGUGUACAGCUGUUUAUAUUGGAGUCAGUCAUGUGUUGCCGUUCAGACUAAAUUGUUAUUGAAGUGUUUAUGGAGAAAUUUAGAUGAUAUACCGCAGACGCAGAAGUCUAUUUCUUUAUACCUGUCUUUAUACUGAUUCAUCAAUGUCAUUUAGAAACACCAAACUAAAUUGAUUUUAAUAAUAGUUUUCUAUUUGCUUUAUUACUUUGUUUAUUAUUUUCCAAAAUUCAUUUUUAUAAUGUAGAAUUAAAUUAUUAAAUGGCAUACACAGUUCACAAGAAUAACAGAUGUUCACAAGAAAUAAAAGGCAAGAUAUUAUUUAUCUGCGUUCAUUCUGAUUUCAUAAUGCUUCAUCUUUCUAGUCUGUUUUGAAGACAGCAUGGAUUAUUUAAAAUAAAGCUGAGUCACUAUGUGGUGACAGAAUAAAGUGUAGCCUUUGGGCAUGCAGAUCCUCUGAACAUCAAACACUGGAAACAGCCCUUGUUCUUCCUGACAUAUUUUUUGGUACUUAUCGUGUCUUCCGAGCAUAACAAUAGGACCUAAAUAUAAUUUCUCUGAUCACACGAAUGAAGAUAAAAUACAAUGACA